GGCGCACGCGGCCCGCGGGCUGGAGUCGGCCCGCGGCGCGGGCGGGGGGCGGGGGUGGCGGGAGGCCAUGCCUCCAGCUGCGGAGGCGGCUCACAGCUGGAGCGGUCGCCGUCACCUGCGCGGUGCCAUUGCCCUUGCGCUCCCGGUGCCCGGCCCGCGGCGCCGGACUUUACGGUGGGAGCGCGGCGCGGAGAGGCACCGGCGCGGAGGGCGCCCGGCGUAGGCGGCGGCGGAGUGGGCCGAGCCGGUAUUUAUAGCUUGGUGACAGCAGCGGCUGCAGCGACGCCGCUGGCCCGUCUCGCCGCGCUUCCCAGCGAGGCCGCCGGCGCGACGGAGGACGGUGCUUGGCCGUUUCUCCCGUGAGCAGACGCCCCGCGCCCCGCGCGACCCUUGAGGGAAACUACGGAAUUGAAGGUUUGAAGGAUGGGUAAAGACUUUCGUUAUUAUUUCCAGCAUCCUUGGUCUCGCAUGAUUGUGGCUUACUUGGUGAUCUUCUUUAACUUCUUAAUAUUUGCGGAGGACCCAGUUUCUCAUAGCCAAACGGAAGCCAAUGUUAUUGUUGUUGGAAACUGUUUUUCAUUUGUAACAAAUAAAUACCCUAGAGGAGUUGGCUGGAGGAUUUUGAAGGUGCUUCUAUGGCUACUUGCCAUCCUCAUAGGACUAAUAGCUGGCAAAUUUCUGUUCCAUCAGCGUUUGUUUGGUCAGUUGCUCCGAUUAAAAAUGUUUCGAGAGGAUCAUGGGUCAUGGAUGACAAUGUUCUUCAGCACAAUUCUUUUUCUCUUCAUAUUUUCUCACAUAUACAACACGAUUCUUCUAAUGGAUGGGAACAUGGGAGCAUAUAUCAUUACAGACUAUAUGGGCAUCCGAAAUGAAAGUUUCAUGAAAUUAGCUGCAGUAGGGACCUGGAUGGGGGACUUUGUCACAGCUUGGAUGGUCACUGAUAUGAUGCUUCAGGACAAGCCCUAUCCUGAUUGGGGAAAAUCUGCAAGAGCUUUCUGGAAGAAAGGAAAUGUUAGGAUCAUUUUAUUCUGGACGGUUCUUUUUACUCUGACUUCUGUGGUUGUACUUGUCAUUACAACUGACUGGAUCAGCUGGGACAAGCUGAACCGGGGAUUUUUGCCCAGUGAUGAAGUUUCCAGAGCAUUCCUUGCUUCUUUCAUCUUGGUCUUUGACCUCCUUAUUGUGAUGCAGGACUGGGAAUUCCCACAUUUCAUGGGAGAUGUCGAUGUAAAUCUCCCUGGGUUGCACACUCCUCACAUGCAGUUCAAGAUUCCUUUCUUCCAGAAGAUCUUCAAGGAAGAAUAUCAUAUUCAUAUAACAGGCAAAUGGUUUAACUAUGGAAUUAUCUUUCUUGUCUUGAUUUUGGAUCUUAAUAUGUGGAAGAACCAAAUAUUUUAUAAACCUCAUGAAUAUGGGCAGUAUAUUGGCCCAGGACAGAAGAUAUAUACAGUGAAAGACUCGGAAAGUUUAAAGGAUUUGAACAGAACCAAGCUUUCCUGGGAAUGGAGGUCCAAUCACACUAACCCUCGGACUAAUAAAACAUAUGCUGAGGGAGACUUGUUCUUACACAGCAGGUUUAUAGGGGCUAGCCUUGAUGUCAAGUGCCUGGCUUUUGUUCCAAGUCUGAUAGCCUUUGUGUGGUUUGGAUUCUUCAUUUGGUUCUUUGGACGGUUUUUGAAAAAUGAGCAAGGCAUGGAGAAUCAAGACAAAACUUACACUCGCAUGAAAAGAAAAUCCCCAUCAGAACACAGCAAAGACAUGGGAAUCACUCGAGAAAACACCCAGGCCUCAGUGGAAGACCCCUUGAAUGACCCUCCCUUGGUCUGCAUCAGGUCUGACUUCAACGAGAUCAUCUACAAGUCUUCCCACCUAACCUCAGAAAAUUUGAGCUCGCACUUGAAUGAAUCUACCAGUACAACAGAAGCUGAUCAAGACUCAACGAUUUCUAAAAGUGCACCUACGAACUAGACUCACUUACUUGGAGAGAGCACAAAAAGCAACUUUGAGUGUAACUUUAGUCUUUCCUUUUGUAAAUGUAAGGUUUACGUAGUGUUAGGUAAAGAAAUACAAACAAUGCCACAACGGUGCUCAACAUGCUUUUUCUAGGACUCAUUGUUUUCUAUUUGUAUUAUAAUACACGUGCCUAUCGUAUAUUUAACAGUCCUCUAGAGAUUGCUUUCCACAACUGCACAAGCUAUUUACUGAUUUUACAGCAUAGUAGAUAAGCUGAUAACUCAUGUAUCUGAUGUUCAACCAUAGUGGUGCCUUGAGACAUUAAACUUUUUAACUGUACCAGAAAUGAAGUGUGGAACAGUUCUCUAACCCAUUUCCCAUGGGUUUUGUUUGUUUGUUUGUUUGUUUUUUGGUAUACAAUUAUUUUGAUCUACACUUGAUGUCUAAGCAGGAAACAGAUAUAGCUAAGACGUGACCCAGGAUAUCUUGGUUUCUUAUUCAGCAGCAAGUUGGUGACUUUGACAGCUGGACUGCAGAAAAACAUGGUGAUUACCUUUUAAUAUUUACUGGCUGUCUUCCAAAUACAGAUACAGAUGCAAAAUUCAGUGAUACGAGAACUAUAACCCAACAUGGGUCACUACUUGUGAAAUGUGACUUUCUCCAACCAGUAAUUGCAAUUAGGUGAUAAUACCUAAUUAUGUUUUCCUAAUUAAGGAUAAAUUGCUGCUUGAUUAAAAAUCCUGCCCUUCACCUUUGGGAACAAAGGUUAAGAGGCACAGUUCGGUGAACUCUCAAAUUUAUUGGCAUUUACACAAAGCCCUAGACAACCAAGGAACUGAAGUUUAAUCAUGUGAGAGUUGCACAGCCCACCAUCUACAAUAUUUGUACAUCUUUCUGCAAAUACGGCUCUGGAAAGUGAAAAUUGAAAAACAUAUGCCAAGCCUGAGCAAAGGAACUCCUCUAAAAAUCAUGCAGCAGAACCUUGUCAGGUAGAAAAAGCUGUGCAUGAAAGAAUCUGUUUAGUAUCUUGUUUUGUGUGUGUGUGUGUGUUUUUGUUUUUUUAAGAACUAAAUAUUGCACAUAAAUAAAUAAGAAUUCUA